AUGUCUGUAUGCUUUGCCUGGUUCACUAAAGUGCUCGGGCCUCUUGCUCUGAGACUGGAUGUCUGCCGUCCCUCAUGGGACUGUCAUGGUGUUGCCACAGAGACAGUUACCUCCUGUGAAGUCAACACUGUUCAUCGCCUGAGCUGUGUUUCUGUGUCGGCCCUGCCUCUCUGUGUCUCUCUGUUUUCCCCCCUCCCCUCCUGCCUGCGCCAGCCAGCUGAUUGUGCACACCUUCAUUACUUCCAUCCCUCUGUCUCCAGUCAGCUGGCCUCAUCCUCCAGUCCCCUCCUAGCAGCUCCCUGCUCCACUCUACCUCCGCUCUUCGCCUCGCCUCUCCUCGCUCCUCGGCCCCCGGCUUCCCGCGCCUUCCUUGAGCUCCUCACCUGUUGUCUCCCAGUUCUCCCUGAGCUCCCCAGCUGCUCCCUGCCCCAGCCUGUGUUCGCACUCCCCGCUUCCAGCGCCCUUCCUCGAGCCCCUCGCCUAAGACUUUCUGUCCACAACAAUGGCGGAGUGAUCAGUGUGCAGGAAGCACUGUAUGGACGUGCAGACAGUGUGACCUGCGGUGAGGGAAAACCUCAGGAACAGCUUGCCAAUACAGAGUGCUCUCUAGAGGGCACAAUGGACAUCCUCAAAAGCUGCGAUGGGAAAAACAGCUGUAUUAUCAAAGCAAGCAACUCAGUAUUUGGAGGCCCCUGUCCCGGCACUUUCAAGUACCUGGAGGUGGCUUACGUAUGUUUGUCUUAA